AUGGGACAAUAUAUUGAUAUUCAACAUGCAUUUUCAAUUUCUGGAUUUCUUCAUAUGAAAUAUCUUGGGGGAGGUUGGUUUUUUGUAGUGCUAAUAAACUUUGUCAAAAUUUCGUUUUGACCUCACAAGGGAACCUUUUCAGCUUUUCCUCUGGAUGAGAUAUAGUUGAAAAGGUUCCCUUGACAAUCAAACCUUCUAAAAUUUUCUAAUUUUUUGGAACUUUACUGCUGUUUUAUGAAUUGUUUUUGGAUAUAACUUCAUUCUGAAAAGUUCCAUAUUUCUAGCCAAUUUCAAAAAGUUUUGUCAGAUUUUUCAAAAAGCGAAAGUGAAAUGAUCUUUUUUGGGUAUCACUUGAACACUAAAACUAGAAAUAUUUAGCUAAGCCAAUUUCACUUUUUGAGUGCAUUCGGCUUUGCAAUUUUUGAUCACGCUGUUUGUCGGCAAAAAUGUGCUGAAACAUUAGCGACCAGAAACUGUUUCGACUCUAAUAAAAUUCUGACAUAAAAGCGUUGUUCGUAUUCUUAUAUGUAUAAAAAAUAAAUAGAAAUUUUUCAACAGUAUAAAAAUUGAAUCUAGUUCAUCAGAACAGACAUUCCAAAUCGCAAAAUCUAAUAAGUUGCUCGAAUUAAUUUUUUGCAGCUUUAUCAUUAUGGCGUCCCCGUCGUCGAUAUUAUUUUGCCAUUGAUGAAAUAGCAGAAGAACUAAUAUAUCACAAAUCCGAAGUUGAUUUCACCGUUCAUCGAAUUCCAAUUGGCUCAUUUCCCAUCUCAACUGCUGUUAUAACUCUUGACGAUAACAAUAAUUGUGCAUUUAUUUUGCAGUAAGUUUGAUGAUGUUUUCAUUUUUCUCUUUUCUAAAACAAAGAAAUUGGAACAAAGAGGCACACGUAGAAUAUGUCCGUCAUCCCCUUUUUGCCUGUUGUUCAAAUAAAUCACGUAAUCGAAACGAAACAUUUGAUUUUUAUUUGAUUUAUUUUACUUGUUUUUUUCAGUGUUUCUGGUCGAAGUGUCGAAUUUGAAGCUGACAACGAAAAAUCUUGCCGCUGUUGGUUGGACGCAUUUUCAAAUAGAUAUUCCGAAGCGGAAAAGCAAAAAUUCUCACAAACAAUGUUGAGAAAAACAAAAAAGAGUUCGAGUUUGCCGGUAGGUCUUUCACACGAUUCGAAAUUUUAUUAUCAUUUCAUUUGCAUAAGAAAUAUUAUUAUUCUUCUUAUUUUUUUUCAUCUAACAAAAAAACUAUUUGUUAACAAAUUUAUUUUGAUCGAAACGAAAAAAAUGAAAAACUUAUAGGAUCACGAAUCUUCAACAGAACAACCAGUUCCUCCUCGAAAAUGUCAGUCAUUUUUCUUGUUUUGUUAUAAAUGGAUUUUUUUUCAAAAAAAAAUAAUUUGUUUUCAGUCUCAUUCCAAGUUCGUCCAACUAAACGAGAUUUAUUUGCAUCGCCUUCAAAGCAUCCUGAAAUUUCGGUGAGUUUUUUCUAGAACAAUCUUAACAUUUGUGAAUCUUGUGCAGUUUUGAAGGGCCUUUUUCAAACACUCUAAAGAAAAUUUCAGAACAAAAAAAAAGUUCAAUUUUAGGAAAAUUAUCUUCUCGAUGAGGAAAUGGAUGAUUGGGUGACACAAUGGUUACGAAAUGAAAAAUUCCACAAUUUUUCAACAUUAACUGAUCCCACAACACCAACUUCAACUAACAUGAGCAAAAAGAGUUUGUGUAGUGAUAGUGCUGAUACAGAAGAGUUGGAUUUAUUGAGAGAAAUCACAAAUAAUCAGAAAAAACGAAUCGAGGAAAUGAAACACGAGAUGCAUUCUUUGACUAUGCAUUUAGAUCAGAUGAGGUUUGAAAAAUUGUAAUGUAAUUUUUAUGAUCCAAAAUUUUUAGAAGAAGAUGUGAUUCAACAAGUGGAACCGAUCGAGAUACAUUAUCUUCACAGAAUAAAUUUCUGAAUUCGGAAAUUCUUCGAAUGAGUGCCAAAUGUGAAAUUUAUGAGCUUCAGACUUCCAAAUUCAAAAAGUAAGAGGAAUUUUCAAUGAGAGCUGUAGAAAUAUUUUCUUUACUAUAAAAAAAAAUUUCAGAGAAAACAAAAAACUUGAAGAAGAUCUCCAUCAACUUCGUUGUGAUUAUGUCUAUGCAGUUCAAUCAACAAUCCGAAUUCCUCUUCAUGAUAACACAGCAAUGGAUGUGAUGAGUAUGAAGUUACUUGGAGGAGAGACGGUAUGUUUUUGAAACUUAUUUUUUCUCAAAUAUUUUUCAUUCAGCACAAAUCUCGAUUGGUACAAUUAGUUGCUGAAGCAAGGGUUGAAGAUCCGAGCUUGCCAACACUUCAAUCAUUGAUUCAAGGAAUAUAUGUGGAUUCUUUUGGGUUUCGAAUUUGUUUAAGGGAUGAAUCGAUUGCUUUGCAUUACAUGGCCACAAAAUUGCACCAAUUUUACACGAAUAAGUCGACUUCUUCAAUUGAGCAUAAGAAAAAUUGGAAAACGUUUCUGGAAGAGAAUGCAUUUAUCGAACUUUCUGUAAGUUUAAAAAAAAAAGUUUAUUUUGGAAAAUUAGAGGAUUUACUCUAUAUUUUUACAGAAGGAAACGAAAACAAUGUGCCGAAGAGGAAUUCCAAACUCUCUCCGCUCCACAGUUUGGAAAAUUCUAAUCAACCAACAAGUCGAAGAUUUGAAAGUUGUUUAUGGUCGAUAUUAUUUCCGGAAUCUUUGUAACACUCAAGGCGGAGAAGAUGAAAAACUUGUGAGUUUUUUUUGAGAGUUUAUUAAUGAGAAUGGGAUUUUUCAGUACUCGGAUGUUCAUCAAAAACAAAUUAAUCUGGAUUUAUUGCGCACAAUGCCAAAUAAUGUGCAUUUUAUGACUGCUAACAGCAAAGGAGUCACUCAAUUGCUCCAAGUUCUUCAUGCAUUUUGCUUACACAAUCCGCAAAUUGGAUAUUGUCAAGGAAUGAAUUUUCUUGCGGCUACUGCUUUAUUAUUUGUUGGUCCGGAAGAUGCAUUUUGGUUUCUUAUUGCGGUUACGGAGAGAUAUUUUGAUAAAACGUAUUUUGACAGUAAUUUGACUGGCGCACAAGCUGAUCAGGUGAAUAUUUUUUAAAAAAUGUUAAAAAAAAAAACAAUUGAGUUUUAGGAAGUUUUGAAAGAACUUCUCGAAGUUCAACAUCCAAAAAUCAUGAAACAUCUCACUGCUCUUGAUAUUGAUGUAGCUUCGAUUACUUUGAAUUGGUUUAUUGCUCUAUUUUUUGACGCGGUUCCUUUUAAUGUAAGUUCUCAUUUUUCAAAUGUGUUUCCACAUCAAUUAAUCAAAUUUUGUAGACAUUAUUACGCAUUUGGGACUGUUUUCUUCUGGAAGGUCCGAAGGUUCUCUUCCGUUUUGCAAUUGUUCUAAUCGGCAAACACGAAGAAGAAAUAAUUAGUAGAAAUGAUGCAAUUAUGCGAGUUUCAAAAGCUGCAAGUCGUUUAGCUUUUGAUGAACAAGCUAUUGUUGAUGUUGGUUUUACAAAUUUGAAAAUUGAUAAUCUUUCGAAAUUUUCAGAUGGCUUUCAAUAUUUUGAAUCUACCAACAAGAUUGGAGCUCAAAAAUUUGCAAUUAUUGUACGUUUCAGUUCUAGCUGAGCGUCUUGAAAAGAAAACAAGAAGAGCAAAUGCAUUUGUGGUUAGUUGGAAAAAUGAAUGUAGCUUCAAAUUUUUACUUAUUCAAGCCAUAUAAUCAUGAUUCCAAUUUUUCAGAAUAUGCUCGCAAACACAUUCAGCAAUGAAAAACUGAUUUCUAACAUUUUCAUUGAUGAGUUUUCCCCCGAUCAUGGUUUCGUUGUAUCCGGUCAUCAUUUGAUGGGUAAAAUUGCAAAAAUCAAAGUCGUUCAGAAUCGUGGAACAAUGGCUGAUAUUGAUAUUGAGGUAAGUCACAAUACAAUUCCACAAAAUUCCAUGAUUUUUGUAGUUUGACUGUCGAGUGAUGUCAAUAUGUAUGGUAAAACCAGACAUGGCAUAUGUUAGUUUGAUAUCCGGUUAUAUGAUUUGCGCCCACAUUGGAUCAAAUGAUGAGUGGAGUGUUUUAUGGGAGAUCAAACUUCCAGAUGUUGCAACUUGUUUGAUUCAUCGAGAAAAUACUUUAUUUGCUGGAUUGGCAAAUGGAAUUCUGACCGUUUUUGAGAAUUCUGGAGAUAAAUGGCCGACCAGUGUGCAAAUGUGGCAUUUACCGUUGAGUUCAGCGCCUUUGAUGAAUUGUGUAAUUCAUGAUGAUUUAUUGAUUGUUGCUACAGCUUGUAAACUUAUCACUUUGGAUGCCGCGUGAGUGACAAAAUUGUUUUUAUAAAUAAAACACAAGUACAUUAAAGUUAAUUGUCAUUUUUUAGGUCCCUGACAACAUUAUCAACAACACAUGUCGCCUCAUCGAGCACUGGCUCAGGAGUAUUCUACUUUGAUAAGGUAAACAGAGUACACCCAAAAAAAGGUUACAAAUAUUUUCAACAAGUAUAUUUGUUUGUUUGUUUUCAGAUAACAUGUAUGUGCGAAUCGUCGUUUGGUAUUUUUCUGACCACCGAUCAUUCGACGCUAAUUCAAUUAUGGCAAGAUACAACAUGCAAUUUGUUGUAUGAUAUUUCAUUCGAUCAUAAAACACGGUUCGCUUUUUCUUGCAAACAUAUUGCAAAAUAUAGAUUUCUUUGCAGAAAACCUUCACUUUCGGAGACUGAAAGUUCUGUUCACGUUGAAUCAUUGCUUUUUAAUGAUUCGUUGUUAUGGAUUGGAACUUCUGAUGGAUAUGUGUUUAUUUAUGAUGUUGAACCAACAGAUAAUGAUAGAGAAAAUGAAGUGAAAUAUAGAUUGAAGAAAUUCUCCACAGAUAAAAGAGGAAGUCGAAGUUCAGCAUCGAAAUCAUGCCGCCUUGAAAGUCUUCCAGAAGAUUUGGUGGAAAAUGAUGUUCCAGUUGUUGGAAAAGAGAAACGAGCAAGUCGUGUUAGUAUUUGUAUUGAUAGAGAAACCCAACAAUACAGUGCUAUUUUGAAAAAUGCCGAAGAAGAACAGGAGGGAACUGGAUCAUCAAGUCGAUUUAAUAGUCAUUCAAGCAAAACUAUCAGAUCUCCAAUUCGUAAAGGAUUCAGUGCCGAUUCAGCAGUUUCUGUGUUCAGUUCAGAGCCUUACACUGAAACGAAAAUUGAUUUAAUUGAAAAAAGUGAUGAGGUUUUUGCUUUCAACAAGAAGGAGAUCAACAAAUUUCCAGAAGCCAGGUAGUUUUUAAUUGUUUUUCCUCGUAACUAUUAAUAAUUGCUAAUUGUAGAUUGGUUAGUUCUACUGAUUCGAGUUGCACAUCAAUGGAAUUUGAUGACACCUUUGAAUUAUAUUCCGAUGAAGAAAGAUCGAGAAGACAAAUUGCGAUUACAUCGCCAAAAAGAUUGGCAACAAUGAAUUUGAGUCGACAAAUACAUUUGAAGAGAAGAGAUUUGACAUUCGAUGAACCUUAUUUUGUGCCAGUUCCAGAGUCGACUGAUAAAGAGUUGGCUAGUGAUAUUGAUGCUGAUACUGUGUAAGUGGAAUGAUCGAGGUCGGAAAAAAUCUUUUAUGAACUUUUAAAAAUGAAGAGUCGGCAUGAUGUUCUCAUCAGAAUAUUUUCUAGAAAAAACUAUUUGUUCUUUGUUUUUCAAACGAAGUUAUGAAAUUGACCUUUGUGGAAAAGUUCUUUUGACAAACCAUAAACCACAAGUCACAUUUUCCACGUCAUAUAAUUUUUUCGCAGAACUCAUCAUGUGAAAACAUAAAAAACCCAAAAAAUUUUGAUUUUCCAGAGUUCCAAGUGUUCGAUUAACAUUAUCAAUGAAAAUCAAAAUUUCCGAUUCGUCAGUCAGAAAAAUAAUUUCCAGCGGGUAAGUUCACACAACAACCAUCAAAAAAACUAGGAACAAUCUCAUAUUUCCAGACCUUCUCAUAUUCUAACAUGUUCCGGAGAAUUUGACGCUGAUGAAGCUGUUUUAUUAUGGAGAAAAGAUGAAGAAAAUGUGGGUUCCCUCUAUUUCUUCUGAAAUUCUCGAAAUCUUUGUUUUUCAGAAUUUAUGGAUCAACGAUCCGGUAUUGCAUAUAAGUAGUUUUAGCUCAGGUUCUUCCCCAAUCGAUUCGCAACCGUCAACCGGAAGAUCAAAAUAA